AUGCCAGUAGAUCCAGAAAAGUUAGCUAAAUUGCAAAAGUCAACUGCCAAGAAGGUUGGUGGUUCAAGAGUUAAAGCAAAGAAGGGAGUGAAAACAGAACAAGAUGACACCAAAUUGAUUGAAACUUUGGGUAAAUUGAAAGCCACUAAAAUUGAAGGUGUGCAAGAAGCCAACUUUUUCAAGGAAGACGGUAAGGUUUUGCAUUUCAACAGAGUCGGUGUUCAAGGAGCACCCGCUUCCAACACAUUUGCCUUCACUGGAUACCCACAAGAAAAAAACAUUACUCAAUUAAUUCCACAAAUCUUGCCUCAAUUGGGAGCAGAGAACUUGGAGAUUUUGAGACAAUUGGCUGAACAAAUCCAAGCCGGAAAGACUCCAAACGAUGUCAAUGCUGGAGCUGCUGCUGCCAAUGAAGAGGGCAAUGAAGAUAUUCCAGACUUGGUUGAUCAAAAAUUUGAUGACGUUGAAUAG